CCCCGCCAUGUCCGCCGCGCCGCUGCGCUCGCCCCCGCGGGCCCCGGGCGCGAAGAAGGACGAGUCCCUCCUGGGCAGGCUGGGCGGCACGCUGGCGAGGAAGAAGAAGGCCCGCGAGGUGACUGACCUGCAGGAAGAAGGCAAAAAUGCCAUCAACUCGCCGCUGUUCCCUGCGCUGGUGGACAUUCACCCUGAGGACACCCUGCUCGAGGAGAAUGAGGAACGGACGAUGAUCGACCCCACUUCCAAGGAAAACCCCAAAUUCAAGGAGCUGAUCAAGGUGCUCAUCGACUGGGUCAACGACGUGCUGGUGGAGGAGCGGAUCAUCGUGAAGCAGCUGGAGGAGGACCUGUACGACGGGCAGGUGCUGCAGAAGCUCCUGGAAAAGCUGGGGGGCUGCAAGCUGAAUGUGGCCGAGGUGACACAGUCCGAGGUCGGGCAGAAGCAGAAGCUGCAGACGGUGCUGGAGGCCGUGCGGGACCUGCUGCGCUCCCACAGCUGGGCGCCCCAGUGGACCGUGGACUCGAUCCACGCGAAGAACCUGGUGGCCAUCCUGCACCUGCUGGUGGCGCUGGCCACGCACUUCCGGGCCCCCAUCCGCCUGCCCGAGCACGUGUCCGUGCAGGUGGUGGUCGUGCGGAAGCGGGAAGGCCUGCUGCAUUCCAGCCACGUCACGGAGGAGCUGACCACCACCACCGAGAUGAUGGUGGGUCGGUUUGAGCGGGACGCCUUCGACACCCUCUUCGACCACGCCCCGGACAAGCUCAGCGUGGUGAAGAAGUCUCUCAUCACCUUUGUGAACAAGCACCUGAACAAGCUGAAUUUGGAGGUGACAGAACUGGAGGCCCAGUUUGCAGAUGGCGUGUACCUGGUCCUGCUCAUGGGCCUCCUGGAAGACUACUUCGUCCCGCUGCAUAACUUCUACCUGACCCCUGACAGCUUCGACCAGAAGGUCCACAACGUGUCCUUUGCCUUCGAGCUGAUGCUGGACGGGGGCCUCAAGAAACCCAAGGCUCGCCCCGAAGACGUGGUGAACCUCGACCUCAAAUCCACCCUGCGGGUUCUCUACAACCUGUUCACCAAAUACAAGAACAUGGAGUGACCAGGAGCCGCCGGGGAACCGGCACUCUGGCGGGCGUGACUGCACCUGAGCCCAGGGAGGUGCUGCUCCCCGCCGAGCCCACCCCGCCGGCCCCACCCUCCCCUCUUGUCUGGCUGUUGCUCUGCACCUCCUCUUUGCGCAGUUCGGGGGUGGGUGGGGUCUCGGGAACGCAGGCUCUGGCCCUGGCGCUGUGGGAGGCUGACGGGGGUCAGCGCCAGCCGCGCCUUGGGAGGGCCUGGUGGGGCCUGGCCGGCACCUGCCUCCCCAGCCUCCCUCCCCAGCUGCUCUGCCCUGGCGGGGUGUCCUGGGAAAUGAGGUCUUUUAAAUAAAGUGUUUUGCAGU